AUGGCCAAGGACGAAGAAUCUGAUGUUAACCACCAUAACUUCUUGCAAUGGGCGUUAUUUAAUGGUAUCCAAAUUAACGGAGUUGCCCCUGUUAGAUUUCCUGGACGCGGUAUGGGCAUUAUCGCGACUAGAACGAUAGAGGCGAAUGAGAUUAUGAUUGCUGUUCCCGUGUCAACAAUGCUCACAAUUGACUGCGUUCCGAGAGAAUUUGUCGAUCGCUUUCCGCACGAAGCCUCCAUCCAUGGGAUCCUCGCCGCAUUUCUGACACACGGAGAUGCGGGUUUACUGGAUUAUUGGGCUGCCUGGCGUAAGAUCUGGCCUUCUCGGCAACAUUUUCAAGAGUCCUUGCCGGUUCUGUGGUCUGAAAGCCCGGGGGGUUACGAUAAACGGCAUAUCACCCUGCCCCCUUCCGCAUCUGGACAAUGGAAUAAGUUUCCCAACCUUCCUUGCAAUUUAACAAACCAGGAUACGUACCAAAAUGUCUUGGGAAAACAACAGAAGCGGCUUCAUGAUGCUUGGGAACAUGUGUUAUCCGUGUUUCCUACCACGGAUUGGAGCCUUUUUUCAUACCAUUGGCUUAUACUGAAUACGCGAAGCUUUUAUUAUGUCAGUCCUGGCAAAGAGCCUCCUGAUGACUGGAAUGAUGCCAUAGGUUUGGUACCUUUUGGCGAUUACCUUAACCAUGCGGACAAUGCGCCUUGCGAAGUUGUUUUUGACGGACAAAUGUCUACAUUUAGAGCCACUGCUCGUCAUGAGAAAGGGGAUGAGGUGUUCAUGAGCUACGGAUCACAUCCCAAUGAUUACCUUUUUGUGGAAUAUGGCUUUUUCCUGGAUCGGAAUGAAAGUGACGCUGUUUAUUUGGAUGACGUUGUGUUUCAGGACAUCACGUUCGACGAUAAGGAGGCUCUACGCGCUCAUGGAUACUAUGGGUAA